AUGAAGACAACAUCUACAAUAUCGUUUCCUAUUUUUAACAUAUCUUUGUCUGCUCUCGAACCCUUAAGAAGCGAUUCAUCUUCAUCUUCGAUGGCAUACUUAGCCGGAUCAAGCUUUGUGAACGACACUGUUGUAGCUACUAGGGAUCGUGAUAACAACUUGUGUAAUUGUCGUCAUCCUCCAAAGGUCACCGUAGAAAGGAUGUUGAUGUCUAAUAAGAAUCCAACUCGUAGAUUUCGCAACUGUGUUGACUCUUUGGUGGAGAUGGAAGCUAAGAAGUGUAAAUACUUCAAUUGGAUCGAUGACACCAAUUACACUGACAGACUGGAGGUAAGGGUAGCUUUGUUGGAGAACUUGAAUGUUGAAAUCACUACUGCUAAAGACAUUGUAGAUGGUGAGUUUGCCAUGACAGUUGAAGAUGACAAACAGUUGAGUGGUGAAUUGAAGUUCGUGAGGACGAAGUUCGGGAUUGCUAUGAUGGUGCUUGUGCUUCUUGUUGGUGUGUUGCUGAUGCAGAAAUCAAAUGUGUUGGGAUAUGGAUGGUAUUAUGAUGGGGGUGUUUUUUGGUGGUUUCGAUGUUCUCCCUUUUUGUAA